AUGAAAUGCAAGGACUUGAGUACCACAGAAGAGAUAGGUGAAACCAAAACAGAAGAGGUGAGAUAUAAAAUGCAGAGAUUUUCUUUUAUCGUUCUCCUUUUGUGUGUGUGUCCAGUUAACACUUCACUGUCUGUGGUGAUGGACACCAACGCUGUGCUCCACUGUCCUCGUACACUGACAAGAGUGGUGCUAACAAGAUGGGAAAUAAUCCUCAGGGACAAGCCUUCCUGCACAAAAGCUCACAGGAGCGACACAAAUGAGACCAAGGAGAUCAACUGUACAGAUGACAGAAUAACCUGGGCCUCCAGACCCAGUCAGAAUCCUGACCUUCAAAUUGCUCCAGUGGCCAUCACUCAUGAUGGGUAUUACAGGUGUGUGAUGGUGACACCUGAUGGGAAUUUCAAUCAUAAUUAUCACCUCCAAGUGUUAGUUCCCCCUGAAGCGACCCUGUCUCUGAGCAGGAAUAGAACUGUGGUGUGCAAGGCAGUGGCGGGGAAGCCAGCUGCACAGAUCUCCUGGACCCCAGAGGGCGAUGACUGUGUCACUGAGCAAGAAUAUUGGGGCAAUGGCACAGUGACUGUCCAGAGUACAUGCUCCUGGGAGGUCCCCGAUGUGACUACUGUGACCUGCGCUGUCUCCCAUUUGACUGGCAACAGGAGUCUGUGCAUAGAGCUGCUUCCUGGUCUCACAACCUCAAGAUAUCCAGCAUUGCCCUUACUAAUUAUUCUCUAUGUGAAACUCUCUUUUUGUAGUAAUUCUUGUCAUCGUGGGAUUUGUUUCUUCUGGAGGACAAGUGAUUGCAGAAACAUAAAAUCUGCAGAGGAAGGCCGCCAUUUCAGCGGGGGCGAAGGAGGUCGGCUGUUGGUAACAUUUUCCACCAUUCGCUUACAACUAAAACCCAAAUCCCAUUACUUGCCAACUGCCUAUCAGGGGAGCGUGUUUGCUGAUGUAGCCCGAGGAGGCCUAAUCUCCAUCCGCGGUAACCCAUAG